GCGCGGGGUUGGGCUGAGGCGGGCGGCGGCGGCGGCGGUGGGCUGGCCGCGGAGGGGGAGGAGCGGGAGCUGCGCGAGGCAAGCAGGCGGGCGGGCGGAGGAUGGGGCAGUGCCCGGGCUCCCGCUGCAGCCGCCCGGGGACACGCCGUGCACCCUCCGGCUCGGGGCUUUCUCGGCGGCGGCGGCAGCAGCAGCAGCAGCAGCAGCGUUAGCCGCGGCGGCGAGAGCAGCGUUCCCGGCUGCGCUUCUCCCUCAGGCGGGGCGGCGAGAGAAGCGGCGGCGGCGGCGGCACACCGGUGUCUCUCCCGCUGGAGAUUUCUUUCUGCUUUCCUCAUCGACUGACUGACUCACCCCCUCCCUUUUUUGAGGAAGGGUGACCUCUUCUCUGGGACUGGAAAAAAUAUUUUUGUGAGGAGGGGGGCGGGUGGCAGCGACAGGGUUUGCUUCUUCUCUUCUUUCAUCUCCCUCUCCUCCCCCCUCGAAGACCGAAAAGCAAACCCCACAACUGCUCCAGCAGCAUCCUCCUUCCCUUCCUCCGCCUCCCUUCUCCUCCGCCGCUCGCAGUUUCGCCCUCUCCUCCGCUAAUGAUUGCAUUAUUAUGCUCCCCUCUCUGGGGGGUCUCGCCCCUCUUGGGUCGCUCCGGAGCCCCGGCCUCCCCUGGCUGCAUUUCUUAAAAAUUUGGGAGCCUGGGAGUGAGUUUUCUCCGAGGCGUGUGUGAGAGGCGGCGGGGGUGUUUUCCUGCGCGAGGGGCGGGUGAAGUUCAUUGCCCCCACUUUUCCCGCGACCUUUUUCGGACCCGAUUUUGGAUCGGGUUGAGGGGGGCGCGGGCGUUUUCGGGGGGCGGGGGGCGCGGCGGAGAAUGGCCGCGGGGAGGGCUCCCCGGAGCCUCCCAGUCUCUUGAUCAAAGCAUUCCGCUAUUCUGAUUUAUUGCCUGCUUGGUGAGUUAUUUUUUUUCCUGUAAAGGAGACCUGUGUGUUCAGCCAUUACUUUGCUCGGCGCUGCUCCCAGGCAUCUCCGACCCUCGGUGCUGUGGGGAGCCCCACACUUGGGCUCCUCGCCUCUCGCCCUCGCUCCCCGUCCCUCCUCCCCUCUCUCCGCCCCUUCCCCCUUUUCUUUCUCCUCUCUUUCUUCCCCUCUCUCCCUUCUUUCGGCCGCCGUCUCCCCCGCGCCCUCCUCGGGGCGGAGGGAAGCCGUGAAGGGGGAGGGAGGGCUCAGUGUCAAUUUUUUUUGUGUGUGGCCGCGGCCGUAGCCUGUGGCGGGCGAGCGGGGAGACCCCGGCGCAGCAGAGCCAUGGAUGGCCCGACGCGGGGCCAUGGACUCCGCAAAAAGCGGCGGUCGCGGUCGCAGCGAGACCGGGAGAGGCGCUCCCGGGGCGGGCUGGGGGCCGGCGCGGCCGGCGGCGGCGGGGCUGGCCGGACCCGGGCGCUCUCACUCGCCUCGUCGUCGGGCUCCGACAAGGAAGACAAUGGGAAGCCCCCGUCCUCCGCCCCGUCCCGGCCCAGACCCCCGCGGAGGAAGCGGAGAGAGUCCACCUCGGCAGAAGAGGACAUCAUUGAUGGAUUUGCCAUGACCAGCUUUGUCACUUUUGAAGCGCUGGAGAAAGAUGUAGCACUUAAGCCUCAGGAACGUGUGGAGAAACGCCAGACGCCCCUGACCAAGAAGAAACGAGAAGCACUUACCAAUGGCUUGUCCUUUCAUUCAAAGAAGAGCAGACUCAGCCACCCACACCACUACAGCUCAGAUCGAGAAAAUGACCGCAAUCUCUGCCAGCACCUUGGGAAGAGAAAGAAAAUGCCGAAGGCACUCAGACAGCUCAAGCCAGGACAGAACAGCUGCAGGGACAGUGACAGUGAAAGUGCCAGUGGAGAAUCAAAGGGCUUCCACCGGAGCAGCUCUCGGGAAAGGCUCAGUGAUAGUUCAGCUCCUUCCAGCUUGGGAACAGGCUACUUCUGUGACAGUGACAGUGACCAGGAAGAGAAGGCAUCAGAUGCCAGCUCUGAAAAACUCUUCAACACUGUUAUUGUAAACAAAGAUCCGGAGUUAGGUGUUGGCACGCUACCAGAACAUGACAGCCAGGAUGCAGGGCCAAUUGUCCCCAAGAUAUCGGGUCUAGAGAGAAGCCAGGAGAAGAGCCAGGACUGUUGCAAAGAGCCAAUCUUUGAGCCUGUGGUGCUUAAAGACCCCUGCCCUCAGGUCGCACAGCCAAUACCCCAGCCCCAGACGGAGCCCCAACUCCGAGCUCCUUCUCCGGACCCUGACUUGGUGCAGCGUACAGAGGCCCCACCUCAACCCCCACCUCUGAGUACACAGCCACCACAGGGCCCUCCUGAGGCCCAGCUCCAGCCUGCCCCACAGCCUCAGGUGCAGAGGCCACCCAGGCCACAGUCCCCCACCCAGCUGCUCCAUCAGAACCUCCCACCUGUGCAGGCCCACCCCUCUGCUCAGAGCCUCUCCCAGCCAUUGUCAGCCUACAACAGCAGUAGCUUAAGCCUCAACAGUUUAAGCAGCAGCAGAAGCAGCACUCCAGCGAAGACUCAGCCCGCCCCUCCUCACAUCUCCCACCACCCCUCUGCCUCCCCGUUCCCCCUCUCCCUGCCCAACCACAGCCCCCUGCACAGCUUCACACCCACCCUCCAGCCCCCCGCACACUCACAUCACCCCAAUAUGUUUGCCCCUCCCACUGCUCUGCCUCCUCCACCACCACUGACAUCAGGAAGUCUGCAGGUGGCCGGACACCCGGCCGGGAGCACUUACUCAGAGCAAGACAUCUUGCGACAGGAACUGAACACUCGUUUUUUGGCCUCUCAGAGUGCUGACCGCGGGGCUUCCCUGGGCCCUCCGCCCUACCUGCGGACCGAGUUCCAUCAGCACCAGCACCAGCACCAGCACACCCACCAGCACACGCACCAGCACACCUUCACGCCGUUCCCCCACGCCAUCCCACCCACCGCCAUCAUGCCGACGCCAGCACCUCCCAUGGUGCGUACCCCAGGCAGAAAUUUUGACAAAUACCCUACAAAAGUUGACCCAUUCUACCGGCACAGUCUCUUCCAUUCCUAUCCUCCUGCAGUGUCGGGCAUCCCCCCUAUGAUCCCACCCACUGGCCCUUUUGGUUCACUACAAGGAGCAUUUCAGCCGAAGACAUCCAACCCUAUCGAUGUCGCUGCUCGGCCUGGGACAGUCCCACACACUUUACUCCAAAAGGACCCGAGGUUGACAGAUCCUUUCAGACCUAUGUUAAGGAAACCAGGGAAGUGGUGUGCUAUGCAUGUUCACAUCGCCUGGCAGAUUUACCACCACCAACAGAAAGUCAAGAAACAGAUGCAGUCAGACCCACAUAAGCUGGACUUUGGACUGAAACCUGAGUUCUUGAGCCGCCCUCCAGGCCCCAGUCUUUUUGGAGCCAUCCACCACCCCCAUGACCUGGCACGGCCUUCAACUUUGUUCUCUGCCGCUGGUGCUGCACACCCAACUGGGACCCCUUUUGGGCCACCUCCUCAUCACAGCAACUUCCUCAACCCUGCUGCCCACCUAGAGCCUUUUAAUCGGCCGUCUACAUUCACAGGCCUAGCAGCAGUUGGUGGCAAUGCCUUCGGGGGACUUGGAAAUCCUUCCGUUACACCCAACUCAAUGUUCGGCCACAAGGAUGGCCCCAGUGUGCAGAACUUUAGCAACCCUCACGAACCCUGGAACCGGCUGCACCGAACGCCUCCGUCGUUCCCGACCCCUCCGCCCUGGCUGAAGCCAGGGGAGCUGGAGCGCAGCGCGUCCGCUGCAGCUCAUGACAGAGAUAGAGAUGUAGAUAAACGAGACUCAUCUGUUAGUAAAGAUGACAAAGAAAGGGAAAGCGUCGAGAAGAGACACUCCAGCCACCCUUCACCAGCACCUAUCCUCCCGGUGAAUGCCCUGGGACAUACCCGCAGCUCCACUGAACAGAUCCGGGCUCAUCUGAACACUGAGGCUCGGGAGAAGGACAAACCCAAAGAGAGGGAGAGAGACCACUCGGAAUCCCGCAAGGACCUGGCCGCCGACGAGCACAAGGCGAAAGAGGGUCACCUGCCCGAGAAGGAUGGGCACGGCCACGAGGGGCGCGCCGCGGGUGAAGAGGCCAAGCAGCUGGCCCGGGUGCCGUCUCCCUACGUGCGGACCCCGGUGGUGGAGAGUGCCAGGCCCAACAGCACCUCGAGCCGGGAGGCCGAGCCGCGCAAGGGUGAGCCGGCCUACGAGAACCCCAAGAAGAGCUCCGAGGUCAAGGUGAAGGAGGAGCGGAAGGAAGACCACGACCUGCCUCCAGAGGCCCCGCAGACCCACCGGGCCUCGGAGCCGCCGCCUCCCAACUCCUCGUCCAGCGUGCACCCGGGGCCCCUGGCCUCGAUGCCCAUGACAGUGGGGGUGACGGGCAUUCACCCCAUGAACAGCAUCAGCAGCCUGGACAGGACUCGCAUGAUGACCCCCUUCAUGGGCAUCAGCCCCCUCCCGGGCGGAGAGCGCUUCCCGUACCCUUCUUUCCACUGGGACCCCAUCCGGGACCCCUUGAGGGAUCCUUACCGAGAACUUGACAUUCACCGGAGAGACCCGCUGGGCAGGGACUUCCUACUAAGGAACGACCCGCUCCACCGGCUCUCGACUCCCCGGCUGUACGAAGCCGACCGCUCCUUCAGGGACCGGGAGCCUCACGACUACAGCCACCACCACCACCACCACCACCACCCGCUGUCUGUGGACCCUCGGCGGGAGCACGAGCGGGGAGGCCACCUGGACGAGCGGGAGCGCUUGCACAUGCUCAGAGAAGACUACGAGCACACGCGGCUCCACUCCGUGCACCCCGCCUCCCUCGACGGACACCUCCCCCACCCCAGCCUCAUCACCCCGGGACUCCCCAGCAUGCACUAUCCCCGCAUCAGCCCCACCGCGGGCAACCAGAACGGACUCCUCAACAAGACCCCUCCGACAGCAGCGCUGAGCGCACCUCCCCCGCUCAUCUCCACGCUGGGGGGCCGCCCGGUCUCUCCCAGAAGGACGACUCCUCUGUCCGCAGAGAUAAGGGAGAGGCCCCCUUCCCACACGCUGAAGGAUAUCGAGGCCCGAUAAGCCGAGAACAGGAGCAAGAACGAGGAAGAAGAAACCCUAGGCAGACACCAGGCCAGGCUUGAGAGACAGAACUCCUGCAUGGCUCACACAGACUGGGGGGGGAAAGCCCCACCCCUUCCCCUUGUAAAAAAUGUAUAGACUCAGUGCACAUUUUGAAAUGUUUUGUAUAUUAUAUGUUGAGAUUUUUCAGAUCUUUUAGCCCAGUCAUAUGUUCUCACGUCUCCUACUUUUUGUUUCUCGUAUAAAACUUUUUGAUUUGAACCAAAACAGUGAAGAUGACAACACACACCAAUUGGAUGAUAAUUGUGGGGGGGGGGGCGGGGGGGGGGGAGAAGUCCACGCCAUCCAUCAUGCAAAAUUCUUUCAGAUGAGGUGGGAAGGCCGUGUACAUAGUUAUGUAAAAAGAGAUUGCUUCAUGAGCUAAUGGUUCAUAUAUGCAAAAGGGUAAGAUGAAAGCUUUACUUUGUACAAAUGUAAAUAGAUAAAGAUUAAGUAACAUUAAUACAUUAAUACUUCUUAAAAUGUGCUAUUUGCAAACUUACUUACUUAAUAUCAGUGAACACAGUCGGCUAAGGCUGUGUUCCCAUAUAUUGUUAUAGACAGCUAAACCCUUCAACUAUGCAAUGAAUGUUCGGGCUUUUCACAAAAGCCCGCCUAACUCAAAGGAGCCUUUUCAAAUCCAUUUACAACAUACUUAAGGUCAUAUUUUCCCUGAACAAGCGCUUACGUGAUAUGACUCUGUUUUCCUUGCUUGUUUUUUUUCAAACGGAGAAACAUCCUGUUUUGGAAAUUGGACCCCAGGCUGGAACUUAGCAUCUGAAGUUGCCGCUUGUGGGCUCUGGGGGAAAGUGUAGCCCCGGAGAGGUAACUGAGGACAUGAGCAACCGGUGCCAGGGAGGGUGGGAUUUGCCAGAUGCCAAAAUCAGGGGACGGGUGGUGGUGUCUGUCAGACACACACAGGUCGCCAGUGACUUCACACACACCUCAUGUGAGAACCAUGCCUUUUUUAGUGUGUCCUAUUUCAUACCUGUACACACUUCCUCGUUUUGUAAUGAGAUUUACUUACACCCAAACAGAUCCUGAAAGAAAGCUUCAAGUUUUCUCAGAUGAUGGAUAUGUUUUCACUGUAUUCAAUAACUGACGGAUGUAAGGUGCACGUUUCCUGAUGUGACGCACUGUAUUCCAGCUGGUGAUCAAGUCUGGGAACAGCCAUAACAGGUCAACCUUGUGGAGCCAUCGCGAGUUAGAGGGUGAAAGAUGGCAGAAAAAAAAGUCUUGUGUGUGAGUGUGUUUUUUGAGUUUGCAUCAAUCUUAAUGUCUCUUCAUAAUACUUUUAUAAUACAUUAAGCCUCUUGUCUACAUAUUUGGAGAGAAUAUGACUUUACUAGCAGAGAAAUACAAUAUAUCUUGUCUACUGGACUGUAAAAUAUAUGUAUGAAAUAAAAUUAGUUCCAUUUGGUCUUCUAGUAUAUUAAAGUGCUAUCUGACGUUGUUAUCCUGUUUUUGCAAAAAAAAAAAAAAAAAGUUAACUACAGACCAUUGUUUCUAAUAAGCAGAGAGAUCUAUUUUAGUAGUAAACUGAAGGUUUAGUUGUGAGCUUCAGAUUUUGUGAACUCCAGAUGUUGUGCGGUGUUUUUUUUUUUUUUUAAGACAACAACUAAAAAAAAUCCAAGGAAUAUGUACACUGGAACUGUAGUGGUAGCUUUCAGUAUUGUAAAGAGAUUGUUCUAUACGGACCUUUUUGCUGUUUAUCCUGUAUGUAAUAAAGUCCUUUCUAGAUCCUAUGUGAAAAGAAAAGUGAAGCAACUGAAUCUUCAGCAUGUUCUCAUCGGCGGAGCCUUCUUGUGUAAUGUAAACUGUGCCAUGUUAUUAAAAAAUGUGAACUAA